GCGUUAGCUACCGGUAGAGCGGGAAGCCCGGCUGCUGUGGUGUUUGCUCCGUCAGGAAUCACCGACUGACUCAGACAGACUCGCCCACCUUCGAGCCUUGCUUUUAUUUUCCUCUCCCCUCUUCGCUCUGUCACGAACGCCGAGCACCAUGGACCGAGAGCACUUUGUAUACCAGGCGAAACUCGCCGAACAAGCAGAGAGAUACGACGAAAUGGUGGAGUCUAUGAAGAGCGUGGCAGGGAAGGACGUGGAACUGACGGUGGAGGAAAGGAACCUUCUGUCUGUGGCCUACAAGAACGUAAUCGGCGCGCGGAGAGCUUCGUGGAGGAUAAUCAGCAGCAUCGAGCAGAAGGAGGAGAGCAAAGGCGGAGAAGACAAACUCAAAAUGAUCCGCGAAUACAGGCAAACGGUUGAGAAGGAGCUGAAAUCAAUCUGUAACGACAUCCUGGAUGUACUGGACAAACACCUCAUUCCUGCAGCCAACACGGGCGAGUCAAAGGUUUUCUAUUACAAAAUGAAGGGCGACUACCACAGGUACUUGGCAGAGUUCGCUACAGGCAACGACAGGAAGGAAGCAGCCGAGAACAGCUUGGUAGCGUACAAAGCAGCCAGCGACAUUGCCAUGAUCGAACUGCCGCCGACACACCCCAUCCGCCUGGGGCUGGCACUCAACUUCUCCGUCUUCUACUACGAGAUCCUCAAUUCUCCAGACCGUGCCUGCAGGUUGGCAAAGGCGGCGUUUGACGACGCGAUAGCAGAACUGGACACGCUCAGCGAGGAGAGCUAUAAGGACUCGACACUUAUCAUGCAGCUGCUACGUGACAACCUGACACUAUGGACUUCAGACAUGCAGGGUGAUGGUGAAGAACAGAAUAAAGAAGCACUGCAGGAUGUGGAAGACGAGAACCAGUGAGACGUCACCACGUGGGACGCCCCCUCUCUCUCUCUCUCUCUCUCUCUCUCUCUCUCUCUCUCUCUCUCUCUCUCAUA